UAUAUUCUUUGGUGGUCUGAAAAGUGACUGCCAAACCCCAAAUACUGGUUGUAUUUUACCACCUAAUUCCAUUUUUCAGUCAAAAUUAACAAGGAAAUGUAAUCCAAGCAUCGGCUCAGACUUCACAGAGAUACCUCAACCCGGCUCUUAUGAUGAAAAUAUCAAAUCCACGGUCUUCCAAAACGGAAACAACUCUACAUGACCACUCAGACCGAUCGGCGUUUGCAAGGGCAUGAAUAAUGCCUGAUCCGAGAGCUUCUCAUUCAAGUUUCAAAGAUCAGCCACUCCACACAUCCAGUAAACUUUCUACCAAAGAUAGAAACGGUCAGGCAUCUGAUCCGAAUUCGAGUUCCCCAGGAAAGAAAUUAAGCGCGGAGGGAGCUCUCUUGAAGGAUAAACAUCCGGAACUAUUCUUCAUCGAACCUCGUCCCGGUAGAUUUGUUCGAAACCUUACCUCUCCUCAUCAGGAUCCCUCAAAAACAGACGUCAAAGAUACUUCGAUUAAUAAGAGCAAAAAACCGACGGUGUUGGGCGCAACGGCUACACCUGUAUCUAUCAACGAUGUUUUAGCAACACAAAUUUCAUGUUCGCCAUUAAACAGACUUUCAAAAGAAGAGGAAAGGAAUAACACGGUUCGCAUGUGCAGCAUCGCUAUCAGCACUGUGAUUAUGCUUGCUCGACACACUUACAAAGACAUAACGCUGGAGCACGUGAAACAUACGGAAACAUAUUUUAGAGCACUAAAACAGGAAAAUGGAUACCCACAAAAUAUAGGACAGCUGAUGCAGGUUCUUGCUAAUCUUAAACGAUCAGGUACCAUCGUUACUCCGCCUCCGGAUGAAGAGGACUCUGACAAUGGAGAUGACGACGAAGAUAUACAAAUAUCGGACAUAAUUGACUGACGCCAGGACAAUCCCUUGAAUACCACCGAUUGUAAGGAGGGAAAUCCAACCGCUGUGUUAAAU